AUGGUGCAGAAGACCAAGCUACCCAGAAGUGAAAUCACACCGGAGUAUAUUGAAAGAAUAAGGGCGUUGAGGCGAGAGAAACGUGAAAGAGAGAAGGCAGAACGGGCAGAUGUUGCUCGGGAAAUUUUUAUCAAGCGGCCUUUACUGGAGGUGCCGUACGUCGGGGGUGUACCUUGUCGAGAUGGUUAUGUGCGGGUGAAAAUUAUGACGUACAAUACACUUGCACAGACGCUGAUCAGAAGAACUACUUUCCCUGAUGCUAAAGAUGCCAUCAAAUGGCACAGAAGAUCGCAGGUGCUGAUCCAAGAAUUGGAAUACUACGACGCGGACGUAGUGUGCCUGCAAGAGACGGAUAGAAUCCAGUGGGACAAGUUUUGGGUGGAGGAGUUCGAUCGGUUAGGGUACAAGGGCGGGUUCUUCAAUUUCCCGGGGAAAGUCCAUGGCGUGGCCAUUGUUUGGAAGACAUCAAUGUUUGAAGAUACUCCUCUGGAUAAAUUGCCCCUGUGUCUCGAUGACUACGUCGCGGGCGACGAUAUCGCAGCAACAACAGGAACUCGCACUGUGGCCCUGGCCGUCGCACUCCGCCUGAAACACCACAAGACGUCAAGACCCAUCAUUUUCUCCACAACUCAUUUGUUUUGGCACCUGUUUGGAACUUUCGAGCGAACAAGGCAACUGUUCGUGAUACUGAGCGAAUUGAACAAAUUCAUAAAGAAAGUGACAGACGCGCACUGUCCCAGGGGCCAACGUUGCUACACUUUCUUCACCGGUGAUUUCAAUUCCCAACCGUGCGACGCACCGUACCUGUCUCUGACAGAUAAACCAGUCCAGCUUAAGGGCCGGGCCAAAAGCAUUAUCGAGUGUAGUCUCUCGUAUCGUUACUCAAAACGCCGAAAUAGUAUCUUAGAAGACGAUGAGGACUCAAUGGUACGAGAACCAUCGGAUCAAGAGAGUGUCGAAGAUGAAACUAACCGUCCGCAGGAUCCAAGACCUUAUACGUACGAUGCGAUGCCCGAACAAGUGGAAAGAGUUCAACAUUUACAAAACUUGCAUAACUGCAUCCCGUUACAAGGUGUUUCCCUCUACGGUAUUGGCUACCAUUUGGUCCAUCCUGAAAACUCAAAUAAGUACAGUACGAGUGUCAAUCAAGAGCCACAGUUAUCUCACCGCGCAUUACAUUGGUCCGGACUAUUGGACUAUAUAUUUUUAAUUACCGAAUGGUCUGAGAACGCGACCAAGAUUUCAGAUUUACAAGCAUUGGAGAGGCAGACCGGGAUAAAGAUAAACGGGUACUUACGAAUGCCCUUGAAAGAGGAAAUGUGCGAUCAUACAGAACCACACGAAAAUGAGUAUCCAAGCGACCAUCUCGCUAUGAUGUGCGAUAUCUCUCUCCCGCUAUAA